AUGAUUCCAGAGAGGUCAAUUCUCCUGUUGUCCCUGCUAGCUGUGCUGAUCUUGGGGCUGAGCCAGCGUUCCUUUGCAGAGUCCCAAGAAGAAAAGUUUAAGAGGCAGCAUGUUGACUCAGGCAAUAAAGGCAAUUCUGGAAAAAAAUACUGUGACAUGAUGAUGCCUAGACGGGGCAUGACGAAAGGGAGAUGCAAGCCAGUCAAUACCUUUGUGCAUGAAUCUUACCAGAAGAUCCAGGAUAUUUGCCAUGAGGCAAAUACACCAUGUGCAAACCCAAAUAUGCACAACUGUCACAAGAGUAAAAAUCCCCUGAGCAUCACUGAGUGCAGACUUUUGGGAGGUUCCAAGCCAGGCAAAUGCAGAUACCGGAAGAAAACUGCUAAGAAACAAGUCACUGUGGCCUGUGGAGGGAACCCACUGAAGCCAAUACACCUUGAUCCCCCAAAGUAG